GCUCGCGUCUUGCGUGCGGACGUCGUUUCAGAGCCACCCCCUUCCCCCUGUGCCACCCCAUGGGGUUCACUUUUAAGCAUUUACUAAAAGUCUUCGGCGUCUUGGUGCUCUCUCUCGCUCUCUGUUGUUGUUUGAAACCUAGUCUGUUGUUGUUUUAAACCGGUAAGAAUUGUAGAGGGGGUUUGGGUUUUUUUUUUUAACAUAGAUAUUUGAGGAGAAAAAAAAGCAACCCAGAAGUUUAAAGUCUUUUAUUACUUUUCAACGGUCAAAAGACGCCUUCAUGGCAAAACAUCAGCGGGCCACGUCGCGGCAAGUCAACCUCAUAGAAGUCAAGAGCAAGUUCGAGGCGGAGUUCCGCCGCUUCUCGCUGGCGCGCUCGCGGCCCAGCUGCUACGACGAGUUCUACGAGCUGCUGCGCCUCGUGCACUGCGCGCCGAGCGCCGAGCUGCUGGUGGGCUACGCCGACGUGCACGGGGACCUGCUGCCCAUCAACAACGACGACAACUACCUCAAGGCGCUGUCCACCGCCGCGCCGCUCCUCCGCGUCAUCCUCCAGCGCAAAGAGGAUGCCGACUACAACGCGUUUGGAACCAACAGCCUCUUGCGCAAGAAGAAGGUCGGCCUCCCGGGCCUCCCGGGCCUCCUCCACCCCCGAGACAAACCGCGGCCCCACCGAGACAUCGGCCUGCCACAGGACUUCCGUCCUGUGUCCUCCAUCAUCGACGCCGACAUCCUGCCCGAGAACGUGCGCCGAGUGAAGCUCUACAAGCAGGGCUCGGAGCGGCCUCUCGGCUUCUUCAUCCGCGACGGCACGAGCCUGCGCGUGAUGGCGCGUGGCAUCGAGAAGACGCCGGCCGUCUUCAUCUCCCGCCUCGUGCCGGGAGGCCUGGCCGAGAGCACCGGCCUCCUCGCCGUCAACGACGAAGUGCUGGAGGUGAACGGCAUCGACGUCGCCGGCAAGACGCUCGACCAGGUCACCGACAUGAUGGUGGCCAACAGCCGCAACCUCGUCAUCACCGUGCGGCCCGCAAACCAGCGUCCCGCCGCUGCCGGCGGGACGCUGUCCGGCGGGACGGGCACGGCGCCGUCCGCGACGUCGUCCUCUUCGUCUUCCGGCGGCGGUGGCGGCGGCGCCAGGGGGGGCGGCGGGGGGGCGGUGGCGGCGGCCGCGCGGAGCAACGGCGCGCCGGCCGUCGAGCGCCCGCCCUACGUCAUCACCAACUACACGGACGAGGACAGCGGCGAGGAGAGCGACGAAGACCUGGUGAUAGAUUCGGCGGCGGCGUUGUCGUCGUCGGCGCCGUUCUCCCUGGAGCCCCUGCCGCUGUCGCCCAACGGGGAGCUGUCGCGGCGCUUCCAGUCGGACGCGGAGCUCAACGGAGGGGCGCAGGCGGAGAGGGCCGGGGGGUCGCGGGGCGGGGGCGGCGGCGGUGGCAAAGCGCCGGCGGUUGUGGCGAGAGGGCACGGGAACGGCGGUGCGCUGCAGCGGGGCAGCAUGGAGGAGGAUGGCACCGUUAUCACUCUGUGACGGCGGGAGCGCGUGGUGGCGGGGGCGUGGGAACGCGCGUGAUUUGAACUUUGACCUUCGAAGGCUGCGAUGGCGGGAGGUGCUGUGAGGUCACUGCGACCGGGCGUGCGCGGAGGAGGAGGCGGCGACGUCGUUGUCCCGUUGAGAGAUCUUCUUUACGGUGGUGGUGGUCGUAAUCUCGUCGUCGUCCGCCAUCGUUCAGCGUCGUCACCGUCGUUUUUAAAUUUUCACUUUCCGUAAAUUUCCUCUCGUCGUAAUCGUCAUUUUGAUUCUUGUCGUAUCGAUCAUGUUUGUCGUUAAUUGUCGUCGUCGUCAUCGUAAUCAUUAUCGUUUUUGAACGUCAUUGUUUUAGUCGUUUUUAUUGUCUGUCAGAGUUAUCACGUAUUGAUUAUCAACGUCUUGUUGACGUUGAUGCCCAUCGUCACAUCCAUUGCCGCCAUCGGCAUCAUCGUCAGAAUAAUGAUAAUCUUCGUCGACAUCAUCAUCAUGAUCAUCAGUGUCGUCACCAUCUCCGUUGCGAUCAUCUUCUUUGCCAUCAUUCUUGUCGUAUUCAUUGCCCAUCUUCAUUCUCACGUCAUAAUCGUCACCAUCUUCAUCAACAGUUGUCCUGAUUGUCAUCAUUAUCAUCGUUAGUACGAGACAAGCCGACGACUUCUACACAAAAGCACAGCCACUGUGGCUACUUCAUCUCUUUAUUACAUUGAGUCUUAAUAUCAUGAUUAUUAUUAUUUCCCAAUCGAGUCUCCUCGUUAGGUGACUCUCUCUUAAGUAAUGUGCAGCACUGCUACUGACGCACGCGCUCCCAGCUGGUUGUCUCCCCGGUAUCGGCAAAAUCGUCGCCUGCCGUUUCCGUGAAGACGUUUUUCGGAUAACAAACAAAUGAUGGUGAAAUUUUUUUUUUUUAUAAUCGUCUGUCGUUAACGGCUCGGUGGGGGGGGCCGCUUGCGCGCCGGCGCUGUCGGCCUGCCGGAACGUUCUCCGUCACCUCCGCCACCGUCGUUCGUUGUUCGUCUUUUAAAGAAGUAAAAUAAAUAGAAUCCCCUUGGUCCGCUCGACCGCCGAGGGUUCUGGGUGGGCGGUCAAGUUGCCCGUGGCACGGUGACCCCCCCCACACGCGGUUACGUCGCAAGGCCAUCGUCGUCAUGUUGCGAUUGCCGUAGCUCAUUUUAUUGAUCCCAGAUCUUUUACGUCCCGAUAAAAUAUCUAUGAAAUUACAAGCACAAAGCACCGAAGUUCUUACUCAUUAAAUAGCUUUUAUCCGUUAAAAUUCGUCGUGCUUUGGGAGCAAUUGCAAUCGCGAAUUCAAAUUAUGUUUGGCGUACACUGACAGGCUCACCCCGUACGUGACAAGCUUCACAGAUUUGUAACUUGCCAAAUGAUUAGAAGGCUCGUUCGGCUGGCUCGCGUUGAGCGAACUGUUGGCUGAGAACAUUUAAAAUAAGCGAACCUUCCUUUUCAGCAGAAUUAACGGGGCGCGUAAAGCAAUAGCGAUAGGUACGCGAGAUGCAAAUUUACUGUGCACGGUUACGGUGUAACGCGGGGGGAAUCGCCCUAUCGGGAGAUUUUAUAUCGCUCCGUGAGAAAUUAUUGUGGCGGCGGAGUGGAGGGGGCGGCGGUUACGACGGCGGAGAAACGGGUGGCCAGCCUCACAGGCCAAGGACAAACAACAGACAAACAAACAAACUAAAAGAUGAGUGAAACGGGGCGCGAUGAUUUGAAACAAAAAGGGCUGUGCUUUCCCGUCGCUGGGGGGGGGUGGGGAAGAUAUUUUCCACUGUUUUUAGAGAUGUAUAUUUUUGUAGCGGUCGAGAUUCCAAUUCCACUAAAGUGCCGGCAGCAGGAUUAGUAAGUGGGGGGCGGGAGGUGGGGUGGGCGGGGGGGGACAUGACACUUGGGCCUUGAAGCGGAGGAUGGGAGGUCGGUGAAUUUUUUUAUCCGAAUAAAAUGCAAUGAUGUGAUAUCGGUACUGUACAACGUGUACGCAAAGUGUGCUGUGUGUGUGUGUGCACGCGAAUGUGUAUCGUGCUUGUGUGUGUGUGUGUGUAGGGGGAGCGGUAGUGUAGCGCGCUACGAAGCCGGGGCCACCCGAGUUCGAUUCCCGCUCCGGGCCAGCAUCAGUGACGAUUAUUUGUACCGGUCCUGGGCCUCCCCUAGGCCGACUCAGUCUCAAAUGAGUACCUGGUGCGGUGUGUCGCAAACCUCGCCACUGGGGAGACAAAGGCGGCCGGGCGUGGUGCUGGCCACCCACCCCCUCGUGUGCCGUUCCAGGCCUUCAUAGGUGCUCGCUAACAGCACUUGCCCCUACAGUCUGUUAAAGCUCCGCGGGGGGAUCUUUGUUUUUGUUUGUGCGUGCCACACGCGCGGCACACGCGUGCGUGUCGUGAGCUGCGUUGAUCCUGCGAUCGUUUGCGUAUCGCCUGUGCUCAACCUGUGUUGUCGCGCGUAUGAAUGGUCGUGCGUGCGCGCGGUCGCGCGCUACUGCGGUGAUGGAAACGAACCAGCGAUUGCAGCGCGUGGGUAUAAUCGUCAACGGCGACGCGAGCAUCGUGUCCGAAGGUUCUUUACGCGUUGGGGAAAGAAUGAUCGCCCCUGCCUGACGAUGCGCCCGCAGUUGGUCUCGUAAUCCCAUUAGCGUGGAAUCGCCGAUCCACGUUGCCUUUGUGCACGCGUACACCGUGAGAGAGGGUGCGUGUGUAUACCGCUCUUGUGUGUACCGUGUAUGUAAACACGCAGACGCACACGCGUGUACUGUGUGUGUAUACCGCCUAACUGUGUACCGUGUAUAUAAACACACAGACGCGUGGUACCGUGUGUGUGUGUGUGCCGUGUACCACGCACGCACCUCACCGGCUCUUCCAAAUUGACGGUUUUAAAGUCGCGAUUGAACAAAAGCAAACGAAAACAGAACCCCCCACAAUCCCCACGUGGCUGUAUUAAGUAAAUCAAAUCAGCUUCUUACGGCUUAGUAGUAAUGAACAGAAUAACGAACUUCGUCUUAUUGUUUAAAAUGUUUUUGUUUUCUACCCGGCAAGCAAAGAGCGCGGCGGAGGGACUGCGUGACGAUGUAGUCGGAGCGACUUCCCACUACCCCCACCCCCCGCUCCUCGCUUUUAUCGUUGACGCGCGUGGGGGCCGCGCGCGUUUUCCGAUCGCGAUCGCCCCCGCCGCGACGCGUUGAUCGUUUCAUUUUUUUUGUCAUGAAAACCCAACGACGUAGUUCGCCGUGCGAUCGCGCGCGCGGGCGCACGCACGCACACAUCCCGUGGUGGCCGUGCGGGCGAUCGCCGCGUAACUUUUUAGGCAAUAAAGCUCAUUGAGCCAGGUCUUUCUUUUUAAGUAAACUCCUAAGGAUUUUUUUUGUUUGUCGGUGUCGGAGUCCGGGUGGGGAGUGUGUUCUGGUACUCGUGUUUUUUUUUAUCUCCCCGUUUUACUCCCACCGGCACACCGGAGCCGAGCCAUCACGGAGCCCUCGCGCUCCGGGUUGAUUCAUUCUUUCCCCCACCACGCUGGCCGUUUGCCGCGCCGGUCCGAGCUCAAAAUGAAACGCAAGGCGCUGAACGCACGAGAGACGUCUGCCUCCGGUGGCGGGGGGGAGGGCCAGCAGCAGACACUAUCGACGCGUUGCAUCGUGCUCGUGACCGUGGGUCUCGGCGCGCUCUCGUGGACGCGGCGUAGCGUUGCCGCGUGUGGCCUCGCUGUGUCCCACGGCAGCCCCGGUUCGAUUCCUGGCCACAGCGUGCAUCUGAACCACCGGUGCUCAUUCAGUCCCUGAUGCUGCCUUCUGGGGCCUUCGGUCGACGCGGCCCACAGCGAGUCGCACGGCGCGGCAAACGUAGUCGCCGGUCCGCGCGAGCGGAGCUGUGACCAACGGCACCCGCUGUGCAACGCGAGAGCCUUGAUCGGUGUUGGCUCGUGGCUCCCGCCACACCGAUUAGACUAAUAUUGUGUACACGCGCGCGCACACGUAUACAGGGUGCUUCAAAAUGUAUUUCACGCUUCUGAGAAUUUGCCUCCGGGCUCUGGAGACCACCUGGAGAAGAUUCCAGGCACUUGUUGACAAUGAUGGCGAACAAGUGGAGACACUUUGACGUUUUGAAGCUAUUAUUAACAUUGUAUUUGUUUUGAUUUAAAGCUUUCGUGACUGCAGGGAUUCAUAUUCCUGGUUCUUUCGGUAAAGUCAUGUAGAAGGGAAAUAAUAUAAAUAUUAAACAAUUAAAAUUCUCACGACGUUUCGACUGCAACACAAGCAAUCAUCAUCAUCAGGUGAUGAUGUCACCCUUUUUAAUGAAUCACCUUAAAUGCGUGAAUAAGCUAUUAAAUACGUGGAAAUUAUCUCGGCGCUUUAUCUCAUUGCAGUCGUGUCGAGUUUCGGAUGCGAUUCGCCGAUAGCCAAAAUCGCGGAUGGCAAGUUCGUGAAUAACGAAGGGAAACCGCGCAGCUUGAAAAUCUCGGUGAAUCGGCGGCUCGACGCGUGGACACGUGCCGCGUUGGGGCCGUCGCAUCCUGUCAACAAACGUUUAUACUGGUAGGAACGAAGUGAACCAGCCUACAAUAGAUUAUAUCGUCCGUCCGAUGUCCGAUUAGGUGCAGCAACAUCGCCCCCUACUGCAAACACUUGGCAGGACCCUACAAAAACCUUUACACUCAGUAAGGCUUUCCUGGCUUAACAAGUGUAAUAAUACAUGAUGUUUAUAUUUUUUGGUUAUUCGUUCCUACCAGCCCACCCCGCAGGGACCUGUUUGAAACAGAAUAAACAGCGAUGUUCUAAACGACAACAAGAGCGACAAUAGCCAGGGCUUAAUUUCUCACUGGAUUUUUUUUUUCUGGGUCAGUGUUGUGUUGGUGCCAUGACGAGUAGCAGCCACAACCAUGGGGCAAGUCGAUGGUGCCGGGUGCGGUGUGCUGGACGUGGUGUGCCGGGUGCGGUGUGCCAAGUGCGUUGUGCCGAAUGCGGAAAUGCGUUCAGGGUCGCGUGGUUCGACUGGAGUGUAGGUGAGACGUGACGCUCAGGAGACACAGCCUUUGGCGAGAUCUACACUGGACAUGGACAUAUUUUCCGUUAAUAAAUUUGAGAUUAAUACCCCGACGACGAUGACGAUAUCAAUGGCCCCGCUAAAAACUGCCUUGCAAAACUUGGGAGUGUGUACAUGUAUGUUGAACUUCUUUCGCGCCGUACGUAGCCAAUCGGGCGGUGCGGAGUGGCACAGCCAGCCAGCUCCCGGAGUCUCAUCGUUAAACAACAACAACAACAGAAAGUAGAGCGGCAAUCUCCCCACGACGCCAAUCGUUGCCGCCCGGGAGGGGUCCUUCCGAGAGCGAAAAUAACAAAACGCAGGCUCGGCUUGGAAGUGCGAAACAGCCAGAGGAACGCGCUGAUCGCCUCGCUAGUCGCUAACAGCACUUGCCCCAACAGUCUGUUAAGGCUAUACGGGGGAUCUUUGUUAUUCUGUACAAGGUAAUCAUGCAGUCCUAUUGGCAACCCAUAGAGAAGCGUUAACCCCAUCGGGGGUUGAACGUCCAUGUGAGAGACGGAGCGACUAUCGAUGAGGAUCUAGACUUGUCAUGGAUGUGGUGGUGUAAGUUACGUCCAGCAGUGGAUGCUCUUUCGAAACAUCGGUUCGGUUCCUUGGCCCGGCUGAAUUAAAGCAAAAGUAGCUUCACCUGGAGAUGAUGGUCUGGGGCCUGGUUACGUCAUCGUCUGUCGAUGACGUCACGCUGGGCGUGGCUCCUAGGGGGGUUUCCUGCCUUCGGUGUGGCAGGUUUUCAGA